AUGCAGGGCUGGAACGCGCGCAACCCGGCCGUGAAGCGCAUCCUUCAGGAGCUUCGAGAGUGUCAGCAAGAUGACAACCCCGAUGUCCUGGCCACGGCCGCUGAGGAGAACCUGUUCGAGUGGCACUUCGCUAUCCGAGGCGCUUGGGACAGCGAUUUCGCCGGAGGCAUCUACCACGGCCGCAUCCUGCUGCCCGCGGACUACCCCUUCAAGCCACCCUCCUUCGUGAUGGCCACCCCCUCUGGCCGCUGGGAGGUGGGCACCAAGAUCUGCCUGUCCAUCUCCUCCCACCACCCCGAGUCCUGGCAGCCCUCCUGGAGCGUGCGGGCCGCGCUGGUGGCCCUGCGCGCGUUCAUGCAGACCCCCGCCGGCGGCGCGGUGGGCGCGGUGGACGCCUCGCCCGAGGCGCGGCGCGCUCUGGCGCAGGAUUCUCGGGCCUGGGUGCCCAGGUCCUCCUCUGCCACCACACAAGAGCAGCUGAACGGCCUGCACGCCUCCAUGCUGGCUGCAGAGGCGGGCUCCAGGGCCCUGCACCUCGCGCAGGUGGGGUCGGAGCAGCGGGCCGGUCCGGCGGCGCCAUCGCAGGAUGGGGCGGGGCCUGCUGCCGCAGACGACGUGGCGGCGACGGCCAGUGCCCAGGCUGAUGCUGCAGCGGCGCAAGCUGCAGCGUCAGAGAGCACCAGACCGGGUGUUGUGAGCCCUGCCGCCGCUGCUCCCGAAGCAUCCGAGCCUGAGGAUGAUGCGCGAGGGGUCGGUGCGGACAGAGCAGAGCCGGAGGUGCGUACUACAGUGGACCACCAGGCCCUCCCACCAAGCGGCGCUGCGGCGGCGGCCGCCCGGUCCCCCUCCCCGGACCCCAGACCCGAGGUCGUCGCUCCCCCACCGUUCCCCGCUUUCCUGCGCAUGGCCGAUGCGCCCUCGCUGCACCACCGCACGCCGCCUCUGGGGGAGGACCGGGGCCUGACCUACCUGGCGCUCCUCCUGGUGCUCUGCAUCCUGGCCAUCAUGGUCCGAAAGGUCUUCCUGGUGAUGCAUGUGGACACGGAUGAGGUGUACUACAGCUUCCAGCGAACCCCCGUCGUCGAGCUUUGA